AUGGCUGAGAUUUUUCAGUUUGAUGAUGGAUGUCCUCUGGGUUCUGUUGCCGGAUCCUCAAACCCAAUCGGAAAGGGUAAAUCACCAAGGAAGGUUUUGGCUGAUGUUACUAACCAGCAAUCUACGGUUGCGCGGACUUUUCAUGGCAGAGUCAACAAACCUGUUGCCACUAAUAAAGGAUUAGCUGCUGCAUGCAAUCAUUGUGCUGCAGGAUCAACUCUGUCUGUUGACUUAGGAAUCAAGGCGAACGUGCAUCGUCCAAGCCUUGGAAUGUUUUCAUCUGAAAACACAGAUCGUAAUGCUCAUGUCUCUGCCGACAUGAAUGGAAGAAGCUUUGGAAUGUUUUCAUCCGAAAACACACAUCCUCAUACUCAAACUUCUGCAUUGCAAGCCAACUCUCUACCAGAUGUUUUCCAGGAUAAAAGGAGGAAAGCUGGGUCUGGGUGCCCUCAAGGUGAAAGUAAACAUGGCCCUAAAGUGAAAAGGAAGAAGUCUACAAUGCAGAACCCAGAGAAUCUGAAGAAUAUCAGUCGCAACAUAUUUGAUGAACUUACAAGCCAAGUUAUUAGUCACAAUAUUGCAACGCAUCUUGACGAUGGAGAAUCUUCAUUCAUAGCUGAUGAUGAGUUGUACGAUGAUUUUCUAGAAGUUGAGGAUUAUGAUGAACAUUCUGAUGAAUUCAAUCGCCGAUAUGAGAGAAACCUCAAACCUGUUCCAAAAGGGUACGGCUUUCUUGGCCCUCCUACCGGCAAAUGUGCAAAAUGUCAGUCAAUUAUGUGGAAUGAGGAACGAUGUAACAAAACUGUUAAAAAAGGAUUGUUCAAAUACAACAUCUGCUGUGGCAAUGGGAAGAUAAAGCUCCCAGCAGCUCCAAGAACCCCAUCAUACUUAUGGCAACUUUAUAAUGACCCAGUCAAAGGUCCUCACUUUCAUCGUAACACACGUGUGUACAAUUCAAUGUUUGCCUUUACGUCAACCGGUGGGAAUGUCGACUCAUCUAUAAACAAAGGGGGCUCACCUUAUGUAUAUAAGUUGAAUGGUCAGAAUCACCACCUGUUUGGGGCUUUGAUCCCAGACGAGGGAAAAGAUCCAAAAUUCUGUCAACUAUACAUCUAUGACACUGCCAACGAGGUUCAGAAUAGGCUUAGGUGGAUUGAAGUUGAUCGUUCAGAUGAGAUAGAUGAGGAGAUUAUCAGUGGAUUAAUUGUAAUGUUGGAUGAAAAGAAUGAACUGGUAAAAAAAUUCAGGAGUGCUCGAGAUAGGUUUGAAAACAAUGAGGUUGUGGAAUUGGAUAUAUUCUUGAAAGUAUCUCGCGCUACUGAUGGAAGGGAGAAUCGCGUUGGACCUUCAAAUGAAGUUGCUGGAAUUCUGGUUGGAGAUCAAGAAGAGACUGAUGAGAGUCGUGAUGUUAUUGUUGAUGAUAUCAAAUCUGGACUGCAACGUAUAACCAAUAUUCACCCAAAACUGAUGGCGUUGCAGUACCCGCUUCUCUUUCCAUGUGGUGAGGAUGGCUUUCAUUUAGGAUUAAAAUAUGAACCAACCGAAGAACAGCGAGGUAAGACCAGAGAAAGCAUUACGUUGAAGGAUUACUAUGCAUACAGGCUACAAGUACGACACAACGAAGGCAUGACUCCCAGACUUGGUGGACGAUUAUUUCAGCAGUACAUUGUAGAUGCGUUUUCAACAAUCGAGCAGGCGCGCCUGUGGUGGUUCAGAACUCAUCAAACAACUUUAAGGAGUGAGUUAUACAGUCACAUCUGUGACUCAAUUAGAUCUGGUGAUUCAGAUAAAUCCAAUCUUGGAAAAAGUUUCAUUUUACCAGCCGGCUAUGUAGGUUCAAAACGCUAUAUGCAACAAAAUUUCCAGGAUGCUCUUGCUGUUUGUCGUCACAUAGGGCAUCCGGACAUUUUUCUGACUAUGACGUCAAACCCAAUGUGGCCAGAGGUUAUUGAGAUGAUGAAACUCAUUCCAUUUGGCACACCUGUUGACAAUCCAGAUAUAAUAGCUCGAGUUUUUAAGCUUAAACUGAAUCAACUACUGAAUGACAUUCGUCAGGAUAAGUUCUUUGGUACAUGCAUUGGAGUCAUGUAUGUUGUGGAAUUCCAGAAGCGAGGACUACCGCAUGUCCACAUGCUUAUAUGGCUUGAUGCUGAGUCUAAGAUUAAUUUGAAACGAAACGUUGACCAUUAUGUUUCCGCAGAAAUCCCUGAUCCAGAAACAGAUCCAUCGGCUUACGAGGCAGUUAAGCAGUUUAUGAUUCAUGGGCCAUGUGGACCUGAAUUUCCAAAAUCGCCAUGCAUGGUUAAUCACAAGUGUUCAAGGCAUUUUCCCAAAAAGUAUUCAACCAGCACAAGUUUUGAUGAAUCCGGUUUCCCCAUGUACAAGAGAUCCAACUCUGGGAUUACUAUCAAAGUAAGAAAUGCAGAGCUUGAUAAUCAGUGGGUUGUCCCCUACAAUAGAGAUUUGUUGGUUAAAUACCAAUGUCAUAUUAAUAUUGAGAUUUGCUGUCAUGCUCGGAGUAUAAAAUAUUUGUUCAAAUAUUGUCUGAAAGGCCCUGAUAGAGCAACUGUUGAAAUCAAAGGGUCUCGACCGGUCAAGAAAAUUCAGCCAGAAGAUCCUGUGGACGAGAUUCAACAAUAUUUUGAUGGACGCUAUAUUUGUGGUGCCGAGUCUGCAUAUCGUACAUUUGGUUUUGAUAUUCAUCACAGGUCCAUAUCAGUUGAACGUUUACCUUUCCACCUACCCAACAAAAGGCCCUGUACUUUUCGAUCGGACGAACCUUUGAAGAAGAUCGUCAACCGUGAGAAAUCACGCAAAAGCAAGCUUGAGGCAUACUUUCUUCUGAAUACCAUUGAUCACACUGCCAGACAAUAUACAUAUGAUGAGAUUCCAAAGCACUAUGUUUGGAACGACAAGCAGUGUGUGUGGUCCCCUCGCAAGAAAGGAUUCCAACUAGGGCGUCUAACCUACUGUCAUCAUAGUAGUGGCGAUGUUUGGUAUUUACGUAUGUUACUAUCUAGGAUUAAAGGACCUCAAUCAUUUGAGUCUUUGAGAACUAUCAACGGAAAAAUAUACAAAUCUUUUCAGGAAGCUGCUAAUCAUUAUGGCUUUCUCAAUGACGACAAUGAAUGGAAUGAAGUUAUUUCAGAGUGUGCAAAAUGUGGAUUUGCAUCACAGAUCAGGCAACUAUUUGUGCAUAUCAUUGUCAACUGCCAAGUCAAUGAUAUCUUCAAAUUGUGGUCUUCACAUAUUGACUCAAUGACUGAUGAUAUACUAUACCACCGAAGGAAGACCUGUGGCAAUCCAAUGCUCAUUCUUUCUGAUGAAGAGAUCCAGAAUCAUGCACUUGGAGAUGUUCAUCAAUUGCUAAAGGGUGUGGGGAAGAGUUUGUCUGAUUUCCCAAUGCUGCCGCAACCUCCUGCUAUUUACUUGAGCACUGGAACUAAUAAUCUUAUUUUGGAUGAGACAAACUAUAAUAUUGAAGACAUGCGUUCCAAAUAUGAGGCAUUCAUCAAGGAUUGCAACCAAGAACAGCUAAGAGUUUUCGAAGAGGUAAUGCAUUCAGUAGAGAACAGAGAGGGUGGUGUUUUUUUUGUUUAUGGGAGCGGUGGUUGUGGUAAAACAUUCUUGUGGAAAACAUUGAUACACAAGUUACGGUCUGAGCGUAAGAUUGUGUUGCCUGUAGCGUCAUCUGGAAUUGCUGCUACUCUCCUCCCAGGUGGUCGUACAGCUCAUUCUCGCUUUAAGAUUCCAAUACUUCUUGAUGAUUUUUCUAUAUGCAACAUUUCACACGAUUCUGACAUUGCUGCUCUAAUCAAAGAAACCAGUUUAAUUAUAUGGGACGAAGCUCCAAUGACGCAUCGAUAUGCGUUUGAAUGUCUGGACAGAACAUUGCGUGACUUAAUGAAAGUAGUUGAUCCUCAACGAUUUCAUCAACCAUUUGGAGGAAUUACAAUCGUGUUUGGUGGUGAUUUCCGACAAGUUCUUCCUGUUAUUCCAUUUGCGCCUCGUGCUGAUGUUGUUAAUGCCAGUAUCACUCGAUCACGGAUUUGGAAAUUUUGCAAAGUUUUUACCUUAAACCAGAACAUGCGUUUAGGGCAAUCAGAUGAUGAACACUGUAAUGAGGUUUUGCGAGAGUUUGCCAGCUGGGUUCUGUCUAUCGGGAAUGGUUUGCUUUCAAGUGCAUAUUCAACAGAAUCCAAUCUCAGUGAGUUUGAUAUAGAUCUUCCACAGCGCUACUGCAAUAUGUCAACCUCAAACUCCAUUGACAAAAUGAUUGAUGCCGUUUUUCCUGAUAUAGAAAAGCAGUAUCACUCCCCACGUUAUCUUGGCGAAAGAGCGAUACUUACACCAACCAACAAGACUGCCUCUCAUAUUAACUCUUUCAUUGUGGAUAAACUACCUGGUGAAGCAAUUGCAUACUUUAGUCGAGAUGAAGCUCAAGAAUUUGGUGGUUCUGAAAAUGAAUUCCCUAUGUGUUUCCCAUCUGAGUACUUGCACAAACUUAAUAUACCUGGUAUUCCUGCGCAUGAGUUGAUUCUCAAAGAAGGUGCAAUGGUAAUGUUGAUGAGGAAUCUUGAUCAGACAGUAGGCCUUUGCAAUGGUACCAGAAUGAUUGUUACAAAAUGUCUAAAACACUCCGUGCAGUGCGAAGUUAUAUGUGGAUCAUCUGUUGGUCUUCGUUUUUUCAUACCGAGGAUCGAGUGUUGUCCCAGUGACACAAAGCUGCCAUUCAAAUUUAUUCGCAACCAACUUCCACUACAGAUAUGUUACGCAAUGACUAUCAACAAAUCCCAAGGGCAAUCUCUCUCAUUCGUUGGUUUAUAUCUACCCAAACCAGUUUUCAGUCAUGGUCAAUUAUACGUUGCUAUCAGUCGGGUUACCUCACCUGAAGGUCUACAGAUAUUCAUCGAUGAUGAAUUUGGCAAAUGCACAUGCAGAACCAAGAAUGUUGUAUAUCCAGAAGUGUUCUACAACAUAUCAUAG